AUGUCGGCAGCUGCUGAGGUUCAGAGGACGGCGGCCGUGGACCUGGGCGCCCUGCUGGACGCGGGCGACGGCGCGGUCGUCACGCUGGUGGCGGGAGAGACGCGGCUGGCGGCGCACCGCGCGGUCCUGGCCGCCAGGAGCCCCGUGUUCCGAGCCAUGUUCCAGCACGACACGCUGGAGGCCAACUGCGGCGAGCUGACCGACACGGCCCCGGAGCUGUUGACGGCAGCCGACAAAUACGGCCUGUCAGCCCUGAAGGCCGCCUGCGAACAGCAGGUGGCGGCGCAGCUGGAGGUGGAGACGGCGGCGGCUGCAGCUGUGCUGGCGGUGAGGCACUCGUGCCCCAGCCUAACUGCGGCCGCCAUCCACUUCAUAAGGUCUCAAACACACAAAGUAAUGGCGACGCAGGGCUGGGCAGACGCCGUGCUGCAGUACCCGAAAGACAUCGUCGAAGUCAGUCGGCUGCUCAGUGAGCCACCAGCAGAACCCAGCGCGCCGGCCGCCCCCGCCGCGCGGAGCCUCUCUCAACAGGAGAGAGGGAGGAGGCUGAUAGAGGCGGCCAGGGAGGGCGCGGCGGAGCAGCUGCGCGAGUUACUGGCGGCGGGGGCGGACGUGGGGGCGAGGGAGGAGGGGUGGUGGGGCAGCCGGACCGCCCUGCACGUGGCAGCAGGCAGGGGUCACGUGGCGGCGGCCAGCUGCCUCGUCGGCGCCGGCGCGGAGGUCGACGCCAGGACCAGCUGGGGGCAGUGGACGCCCCUGCACUGGGCUGCAUACAAUGGCCACGCUGGUGUGGUGCGGCUGCUGGUCGCCGCCUCUGCUGACCCCAACGCCAGGUGUCGGUGGGGGCGGACGCCGCUGCACAGGGCGGCAGAGUGGGGCCACGCAGAAGCGGCGGCUGAGCUCCUCCUGGCGGGGGCGGACAGGGGGGCCCGGGAUGAGGAUGGCUGGACCCCCCUGGACGUCGCCAGGGAGAGGGGAAAGCAGGAGCUGGUGGAUAUGCUGACACAACGCUGA